CUCUUUACACUCUUUACACUCUUCUAGGCGAAAGAACGGGUUGGCGCUGCCGUGAGCGUGGCACCGGGAGAUGGACGCGACCGCCGAGGAGAUCCUGGUCGCGGGUGGGGAUUCGGUGACCGCUACGCGUCGCUCGUCGAGACCCGUGAAACCAACCGCGAAAGCCCAAAAGUUUUGGCAAGUAGCCUCAAGCCAGGCCGGGACAUCUAAGAAUGCCGGCACAAAGCAAGUGGCAGCAGGCGACAACGACUGGGACAAUGCGGACGAGGGACUGCAGGCUGUGGAUGGCACAGCCCGCAGCGAUUCAUCGCUAGUUCAGGAGAUGCUCCAGACGAUGCUACAGACGAUGCUCCAGGAAACGUCGAGCCAUCUCAUGAGCAAGCAGAAACAAAUGCUGGAGAGGCUCUGGGAUGCCUUGAUGGAGAACCACCGAAAAGCGACAAAGGUGAUGAGCGAUCAGGUGGAAAUGAUCCGACAACUCCAGAAGGAGAUUCGCACAACCAGAGCCGAGGCAGCCGAGGAGCGGAAGAAGACAGAAGAGCUUAGGCGUAUGCACGAACAAACGGCCGAUCAGCUCAGGGCCAUGCGAGAACAGGGAGCGUAAGAUCACAAGCAGC